AUGGCCCACCUGGACAGCAACGCGGCGAAUGCCAUCAAGGCCGUAGACCCGGACACAAUUCACGUCCGGGACCACGAUGGAGGGUCCGCCUCUUCCGAGAAAGACGCAGGCGUGGUUUCGAAGACUACAACUCCACAACAGCCGGAGCCGGCCAGAUGGUUCCACUGGCACGAACCCGGCACGUCAGCGGAGGAGAAGAAGCUCAUCUUCAAGCUGGAUUGGUUCCUCUUGAGCUUCAGCUGUUUGAUGUACUUCGUGAAGCAGCUGGACCAAAAUAACAUCGCCAAUGCAUAUGUCUCUGGCAUGUCUGAGGAGCUCGGUUUUGGUCCUGGAGAUGAGCUUUCCUGGAUGAAUACGUACUUCAACAUCGGUGUCAUUAUCGGCGGAUCCUUCGCGAACCUGGUCAUCACCGUCGUUCGCCCACGCUUCUGGCUUUCCGGGUGCCUCUUCACCUGGUCACUAUUCGUGCUGUUCCUGUUCAAGUGCCAAAACGCACACCAGUUCUACGUACUGCGUUUCUUCAUCGGCCUUUUUGAGUCGGCUGCCUGGCCUGGUGUCAUGUACUGCAUUGGGUCUUGGUAUCGCAAGAGCGAGCUUGCUCGUCGUUCUGGCCUUUUUGUCAUGAGCGGUGUCCUAGGUCAGAUGUUCUCUGGCUACCUCCAAUCCGCCCUUUACUCGGGAAUGGAAGGCAGGGGCGGAAUAUCCGCUUGGAGGUGGCUCUUCAUCUUUGACUUUAUCAUCGCUGUUCCUGUCGUGGUCUAUGGCUUGAUCUGCUUCCCUGACACGCCCCACACAACCAAAGCAUUCUACUUCAAUGAAUGGGAGAGGCGACGAGCCUGUGAACGCAUCGAUGAAGAGGGCCGCAAGCCUGUCGGCAAAUUGAACCUUAGCGUCAUCCGCCGAAUCUUUGGAUCGUGGCAGGUUUAUGCCUUUACAGCUGCCUACUGCUUCUGGACCUUGACAUGCGGCUCGUACAUCAUCCAGUACUUUACCCUAUAUUUGAAAUCGACGAAGAUGUACACUGUCCCGGAGAUCAAUAACAUCCCGACGUCCGUGGGCGCUGUCAACUUUGUCUUCAUGGUGGCAACCGGAUUCAUUGCGGACAAGAUCGGCCGCCGUGGGCCAGUGUGCUUUGCAGUCGGAUGCCUCCUGACAUUUGACUACGCCGUGCUAACUGUGUGGAAUGUUUCGCACUCCUUUCGACUGGCUGUCUUCAUCCUGGUAGGAUGUUAUGGGUGCUAUACACCCCUCUUGGCCGGUUGGGCCAAUGAGGCUUGUGGAGGGGACCAACAAAAGAGAGCAUUUGUUUUGGGCUUCAUGGUUUCUGUUGGCCAGGCAGUCGUGAUUCCUUUCCAGCAGCUUCAGAUGCCGAGUAGCCAAGCGCCGACCUUCAAGCAGACACACGGAUGGGCGAGCUCCUUGGCAAUGGUUGCUGCGUUAACACUUUGGACCGGCAUCGGCUUGCCAUUACUACAAAAAUGGAGGGGAUCGCAAGUCAAAGUGUCUAACGUAGAGGAGAGUGAAGACUAA